GUUUCUCCAUUAGCUUCAGCGAUAGCCAACAAAACAACCGUCCUACCUUCCUCCCUCCUCUCUUCUCCUCCUCUUUUCUCUCUCUUCUCUUUCCUCGGGAGUUCAAGCAACUCCUCCGUCCACCUCCAAAGACAUGGACGAGACGAGUCCUCUUGUCUCUCCGCUGCGGGACUCCGGUGACUUCGGCUACGGUCCCACGGAGCCCACCAGCCCGCGGGGUGCGUUUGGAGGUACGCCGGGCUCCGUGGUGCGGAUCCCCGCCGGCAGCCCGGGACGCAGCCGGGAGAGGCAGCCCCUCUUGGACCGGGACCGCGGGAGCUCCCCGCGGGAGCCGCACCGGAACGAGUUCCCGGAGGAUCCCGAGUUCAGGGAGAUCAUCCGAAAGGCCGAGCGAGCCAUUGAGGAGGGGAUCUAUCCGGAGAGGAUCUACCAGGGAUCCAGUGGCAGCUACUUCGUCAAAGACUCGCAGGGGAAGAUUAUCGGCGUGUUCAAACCCAAAAAUGAAGAGCCCUACGGCCAGCUGAACCCCAAGUGGACCAAGUGGCUUCAGAAGCUGUGUUGUCCCUGCUGUUUCGGUCGUGACUGUUUGGUCCUGAACCAGGGUUACCUCUCAGAGGCCGGGGCCAGCCUGGUCGACCAGAAACUGGAGCUCAACAUCGUUCCCAGGACCAAGGUGGUUUACCUGGCUAGUGAAACAUUCAACUACAGCGCCUUAGACAGGGUGAAAUCUAGAGGAAAAAGGUUAGCUCUGGAGAAGGUCCCUAAAGUGGGGCAGCACUUUCACAGGAUUGGUUUGCCUCCAAAGGUUGGUUCCUUCCAGCUCUUUGUUGAUGGAUACAAGGACGCCGAUUUCUGGCUGCGGAGGUUUGAAGCAGACCCUUUGCCCGAAAACACCAAUCGUCAGCUUCAACUGCAGUUUGAGCGGCUCGUAGUGCUGGAUUACAUCAUCAGGAACACAGACAGGGGAAACGACAACUGGCUGCUGAAGUACGACUGUCCAAUGGACCCUGUUGGAAACAGGGACUCAGACUGGGUGGUAGUGAAGGAUCCCAUCAUCAAACUGGCAGCCAUAGACAAUGGCCUCGCCUUCCCCCUCAAACACCCCGACUCCUGGAGAGCCUACCCGUUCUAUUGGGCGUGGCUUUCCCAGGCCAAAGUUCCCUUUUCCCAUGAAAUCAGAGAGUUGGUCCUGCCCAAACUGUCGGACCCGAAUUUCAUCAAAGACCUGGAAGAGGACCUGUAUGAACUAUUCAAGAAAGAUCCUGGUUUUGACAGAGGACAGUUUCAUAGACAAGUAGCAGUAAUGAGGGGACAGAUCCUGAACCUGUGCCAAGCCCUGAAGGACAGUAAAACACCCCUACAGUUGGUCCAGAUGCCCCCAGUAAUCGUCGAAACAGCCAGAGCACCUCAGAGAGCCAACAGUGAGUCCUACACACAGAGUUUCCAAAGCAGAAGACCCUUCUUCACCUGGUGGUAGGAACAGAGCAGCAGAGCGGAAGAGAAGGAACAGCAGGAAGCCGGAGCAGGGCAAGGAGGGUCCUUACAGCGGCGUCGCUGGAAGGACAGGUUUUUGUCCUGAAAAUGGAUAUUAUCAUUACCCUCCCCUCCUGAACGUAAGGAUAUUUUGGUUCCUGAGAGAGGGUGAAUGGGUGGAGAGAUGAGGCCAAAAGAGGAAGAAUCUCACAACACUUCUUCCCUGUUUGCCUCGGUGCCUUUUUGUGGAUGUCAGUGAAGAAUUCACGCCUAAACGAUUCUCUAGCUUCCUGCAAGAAGAAAGGUUUUCAGCAAGACUUUUUUUGUUGGACUCCUGGGUGCAAAUAAGGUUUGCUCACACACGCGUGCGCCAGUCAGAAGCCUCUAAUACUUACUGGAUGAGAGGUGUUGCAUUCCACGUUUUUCUUUUCUUUAUACCCUUCUGCCUUUUUAAUAUUCACUUGCAUUGUCUUUCCCAUGCAGUUAAAAUACGGGGCUGGUGAAAGCGUCAGAGCCACUACUUACUAUCAGAGAGUUUUAAUUUUUAACAAAUCAGAGAAAUGUUAUGGUUAGGAUUUUGGAUCUUUGCGACUCAUGGGUGUCUUUACCCAGGGAACAUAGGCCAUGUGAACUGGUUUCACACUUGUUCAUAGCUCCUCCUAACUGUCUUGAUUAGAAUCUGCAAGUCUGCUCGGGUGAUGAUGGAAAGCGGAGGCACUUUUGGGUAAAAUAAUCAAACCGUUUAAGAUCAGAUUAGUAUGACUGGGUCACCUGAUUGGUCCCUUCCAACUGAUGAUUUAAAUCACAAGUGAAUAACAUAUAAUGAUCUUGUCUACAAGCAGGCGGAGGGAGGGGGUCGGUGAUUCUCAGACCACAAGCUCCCGUUUGCCUGGGUCACGUUGAUUUGUGUUAAUUCUGCUGCUCGUGGGCUGGACCGAAAAACAACAAAGUAACUUCCUGCUGUACUGAACUGACAUAAAAUGUAAUUGUGACAAUGCACUGUAUAAUUUGUAUGUAAUAUUUAAUGAUAGAUUAUAAUUAAAACCUAUUGCAUUGAGA